CGCUUCCGCUCAUCGUUUUGUUUGACAUUGUCAAGAUGGCGGCGGCCGUAACAAGCCGCUUGACUGCGGUCUGUAGACAAUUUCAGCGUUUUGUCUCAGUGUCUGCACACUCAAAGCCCCAAUAUGCGAUGUUUACAUUUCAACCGUGUCAUCAAAGACAAGUGGCUGACUCGUGGUGGUUCAGAAGUUCUUUCAAUAGCCGAUCCGUCCACACAACGAGUGUCAGAAAAGGGCUGGAUGAAUUCUUUGACUUGCCAGAAAACUGGGGUGAAGAAACCGUAAAAUCAGGUGCUCCAUGGACUGCAAAACAGUUGAGGGUGAAAAGUAAUGAAGAUUUGCAUAAACUUUGGUAUGUUCUCUUGAAGGAAAAGCAUAUGUUACUCACUGUAGAACAGGAGGCCAAACGACAGCGUGUUCAGAUGCCCAGUCCAGAGCGCGUUAAAAAGGUUGAAAGGUCAAUGAUCCGUCUGGACACUGUUGUGAGAGAGCGUGAGGACGCCUUGCGCUUACUGCAGAUGGGACAAGAGAAAGCCAGACCAGGCGAAUGGAGAAGAAAUGUCUUUGGCCAAAACUUCUGGUACCGCUACAGGGAAUACCCGAUCCCCUGGUACCUGAAUUCAAGAUACAAAAGGAAGCAAUUCUAUGAACCAGCAUACGUUUUCCCUUACACAAGGUUGAGAAUUGAGAAAUACCUGAAGAGCAAAGUCCGGAAAGAAAAAAGAGAAAAGAGAAGUCAAAAAAGGCUGGCUGCAAUGUUUCAGAAAAAGACUGCACUUGCAUGAGCCCACUGAACAUUGUCUUUUCAUCACAUAACUUUUUUUAUUAUUAUUUCUCCAGAAUUUCGGAAUAUGUUGUACAGUCAAAUAAUAAAUUGCAACUUGUAACAGUAUAA